GGAUGGAGCUCGCACCGGAAGAGAAGGGGCAGCUCUCCCAGCCAUCUUGUGGCAGCAUCCAGCGAAUUGUUCGCAUCAAGCCUCGUAGAAUCGGAGGUGAAUCCCGCUGAAGGGGCGCCAUCAUGCCCGGACACUUGCAAGAAGGCUUCGGCUGCGUCGUAACCAACCGGUUCGACCAGUUAUUGGACGACGAGUCCGACCCGUUCGAGAUCCUGAAAGCUGCAGAAAACAAGAAGAAGGAGGGGGCCGCUGCUGGGUCCACCAAGAGCGCCGCUCAAGCCGCCAAGCAGCUGAAGAAGGAGUCACAGAAGGACAGAAAGAACCCGCUGCUGGACAAGAAGGAGGAGUCCCAGGCUCCUGUGCCCCUGAAGAAAGAAGGUAUCAGGCGGAUGGGCCGAAGACCAGACCAGCAGGGCCAGCCUGGUUCCCAACACCAGGGUGGACCGGGUGAAGGGCGACCUGGAGACAAGAGGCCGGACCGAAGACCUCCCCGUGAGCGUCGCUUUGAGAAGCCUGCAGAGGACAAGCCUGAUGGAGUAGGAGAGUUCUCUGUCGACAAGCCCUCUGGAGACAGGCCCCCGAGAGGACGUGGUGGCAGCCGGGGUGGACGUGGUGGAAGAGGACGGGGUAUGGGCCGAGGAGACGGCUUUGACUCCCGCGGAAAGCGAGACUUUGACAGACACAGCGGCAACGACAAAUCCAAUCAGAAAAGCGAGGAGAAGCGUGCCGGAGGCGGCUCGAACAACUGGGGCACCGUGAAGGAAGAAGUGAGUGAGGCUGAACAGACUGCUGCUGCUGAGACGACCCCAGAGGGAGAGGAAAAUGCACCUGCCGGCUCUGAGAACAAAGAAAACGAGGUCGAAGAAGUGAAAAACGAAGGCCCCAAAGAGAUGACCCUGGACGAGUGGAAGGCCAUGCAGGACAAGGAGCGCACCAAAGUGGAGUUCAACAUCCGCAAGCCCAACGAGGGAGCUGACAGCCAGUGGAAGAAAGGAUACGUGCUGCACAAGUCCAAGAGUGAAGAUGUUAGCGAGAAGCCUGUUGGAGCUUUGAUCGACACCGCAGAGACAGAAGUAGAGCCACCAACUCUGUUCCACAAGCAGGCCAACCCUGACGACCCAAGUGACCACCACUUCCGCAAACCAGCCAAUGACAUCACAUCUCAACUGGAGAUCAACUUUGGAGACCUGGGCCGCCCUGGCCGCGGGCGUGGGGGAGCCCGUGGAGGCAGGGGAGGCCGCGGAGGGGGAGGCAGCAGGACGGCACGUGGCGGAGGACGCUCCGAAAAGCAGGCUGGUGGAGUGUCAGUCCCCAACGUGGAUGAUCCUGAGGCCUUCCCAGCUCUGGCCUAAAGGCUCCUUUUCCACCACCAGCCCACCCAUCAGCCCCUCCGGGUCCCUCCUCUACGAGGCUUGCAUGCUUACCACAUCUUCAAAUAUAUAAGAAAACAAAGAAGAAGAAAAAAAAAAAGAAAGAUUUUAAAUGGCAAAAAAGACUGUCAUCUCAUUACCACUCACACCACCAGAGGACAAAAUUUUACCCGUUUUAAAGGAGAACAAAAGACAAAAAAAAAUGGAGAAAAAGGACCUCUUGUUACACUGAAGUUUUGUAUUUAGAAACAUGAAGGCAGGGAUGUUUUCAUACUUUCCCCCCCCCUUUUUUUUUUCAAAGAUUAUGCAUACUUCAUUGAUUUUAUUUUUUAAUGUGCUGCUUGAAUUACUGCAUUUCUGCAAUUAGGUUGAAGUGUGUGUAUUAAUUCCCCUGAAGCUUUUGUGCUUUUCUCCCCUCAUGACUGCAGCUCAGUAUUAUGGGGUCAUCUUAGAAAAGACUUUGUACCGGAGAUUUUCCUCCCAGUAAUGCACACUGAUGUGGUAGCACUACACUACAUAGGAAUCUUGUACUAGAUAUCUGAAGUAUGGCUUAAAAUGCAUUUAAAGUGUAAUUACUCUGACUCUGAGUACCCAUCCUUUUGCGAGGCACAAAUUCAGAUGGGUAACCAGACGAAGGGACUUCCUACUAAAGCUUGGUAUUCUUCUGCUUGUUGUGCAGUGAAAGUAAAUGCCUCUUUUCCUUUUAUUUUGUUUCUGUUGAUAGCUUGCCUUUGUUGGUGGACCAGUUGUUAGUAAUGCUUUGUAUCUCUCUGAUCCAGAUGUGCUACCUAUGUUUUCAGGCUGUCCCAGGGCCCAAUGUAUAUCUUUAGGCUGGUCCUUGUAGGUCAUACAGACUGUACUACUUUGUUCACUUCAGGACCACUAAGCAAAUAUUGUAUUAUUUUGUUUUGUUAUGGAUGGAUGGAUGUGUGUGUGUGUGUGUGUGUGUGUGUUGGGAAAGCAAUGUGUGAGGUUGAAUGUGUGAAUUUGACAGCUAGUUACUUAGGUUUUAAGUAUUCUUAUGCUAUGAACUUGCCACUCUCAGACAAGACGGCGAGUGUCUUUCGCGAAGUGAUUGUUUGAAUCCAGGUGAGAAUGACAGACCAUGGACAUAUCUUGCUCUUAGAAAUUCUGUAAUGUCUUUCAGAUCUCAAAGCACUUGGUUUUAUCAGCACCAGCCCUCUGCGGAUUGUUUCUCCCCUUAUGUAAACCAUAUUUGCUGUUUUUUUUUUUUUUUUUCAUUUUAUUUGUGCAGCAGCACCAAAUGCAUAAAUCUUCUGAAAGAAAUGUCAGCAGUCAUCGUGGAACAAUCAUGAGCUACAGAAUGUAAAGUGAGCUAACGGUGCUUCUAGCCACCUGUGUCAGCAUUUCCAGUGAACUUUUAAUGAAGCAGGUAUAUUUCACAUUGGGGUGGGGUGGGGUGGGGGGGGGGGGGGGAUUGUGACCAAGAUGGAUUUAAUUUAAAGCUUUACAUGCUGUGCUCUGCAAAGACUAGCUGGUGAUGCACUGAUACAGACGGCUGGAGCAGUUUUUCUUGUAGGACUGUUUGAGCCACAUGACGGUGAAACUUUCUCUGCAAACAUCCCUGUUCUAAUAAAUUGCUUUAGAGGUGUUACAUGUA